UCUUGGGUUUCUUUAUUUUGUUUCCUCUCUGGGUUUUUGUGGGUUUACUCGAUUUUUUCUCCGUAAUCUUAUGUAAUUUCAGGUUUCGUUGAUUCUUGUCUCUGGAUUGAUCGCUUAGCAGUUUAGAUUUCUUACAGUUGAUCCUUCGUGUGUUCUGUCCUAGUGUUUGAUUUUUGGAUCGCAUGUUCAUAUUAAGCCCUUUAACGCUUUAUCAUCUUGUCUUUUUGAUGGGUUGUGAUGGUUGUUGAAGAGUUGGAAGUAUUACUUAAUGAUUCGUAUAUUUUAGGUUUUACCGUACUUGUUUUUGGACUUGCAUUGUGUUGUGUUAAUUGGAAGAAUUGGAAUUGGGUUAUAUCAAGCAACUUAAGAUGAGCUAGGUGUCUUUAUUCCUUGUGGGUCUCCUAAAAAAACAAUGUCAAUGGUUCUUAUUUACUGAUUAUGCAAAAAGCCUUUGUCUGAUUUUGUGUGUAGAAUUUGACUCUUUGUUUAUCAUUGUUUUAAUCUAACAAGCCAAAUGUUUGGCAAAUGACGUCUGUAUAAAGGGAUUUGGUUGCUAGAUUCUUGGCGUAUUUAUUGUCUAUUUCACCAUUGUGCUAACUUUGGUUUUGGGAAAUGAUUCAAAAGAGUAAGCAUCUAGUAGUCUUCACAGGUGCUGGCAUUUCAACUUCUUGUGGUAUUCCUGAUUUCCGAGGCCCUAAAGGAAUUUGGACUUUACAGAAAGCAUCUUUGCCAUUUCAUCGUGCAAUGCCUAGCAUGACUCAUAUGGCUUUGGUUGAGUUAGAAAGAGCUGGCAUUUUAAAAUUUGUCAUCAGUCAGGGACUGCAGUUCAAAUGGCUCUUUUCUCUGUUCUUGCCGUCAGUUAUUCAGGUAACUUAACUAAGCAAUGGUCAAGUGUGAUUUAGCUUUGUAUGGCUAGCUUUCUCUUGUGUCUCAUUGUAGUUAUAUUGUAUGCUGGGGGACCAAAAUGUGAGGGACACCAAUGCUUAUGUCAAAUUUAAGAAACUCUGAAAAUAAUCUUAUUAUAUUUGAAGGACCAAAAUCUGAG